AGUUCUCACGUAAGGAUUCGAAUGCGCUUGGCUUUACUGUGAAUAAAUCUCCUUCCACAAUUAACUAUUUUAUGACUUCAAUGAAAGAAUGGUCAAAUAACACGACGUUUCAUGGCAUAAGAUACAUUUCCAGCUCAACAGCGUGGUGUCGAAGGAUUAUGUGGCUACUGUUUGUACUUGGAUGUCUGACGGCUGUUAUUUUGCAAAUAAUUGACCGCGUGAAUUAUUUCUACUCUUGGCCAUUGAACGUGAACGUCAAAAUAAAUUACAAUCAGACCCUUGAGUUCCCAGCAGUGACGAUAUGCAACCAAAACGCCUUCAGAGGUACUGAGGCAGCAAGGACAGGUCGCUAUCAGUUGGUUGAACAAAUGUUUUCUGGAACAGACCUACUGUCUAUAGAAGAAUUGGCUCUUCACAAUGCUACAGAUCUGAGUUUGGACGAUUUGUAUGUCGACUUAGCUCAUACCAAGAAAGAUAUGAUCGUAAGCUGUGCCUGGAAGAACAAUGCUUGUGGUGCAGAAGACUUCAAAACAGUAUUGACAGAUCACGGAGUGUGCUUCACUUUCGUUCGGGACGCGUCUGAUAUGACUAUCACGUCAUCAGGCGUGGAUUCGGGGUUGCGAUUGACUCUAAAUGUAGAACAGUAUGAAUACAUGGCGGGACCACACGACGCUGCAGGAUUAAAGAUUCUCCUCCACGACCCAAUGGAAAUGCCGUUCGUACACGAACUAGGGCAAGCUGUACCAACUGGGACGCAUGCUUUUUUUGGAGUAAAGUUUAUGUCGAUUGACAACCUGCCUUCUCCUCAUGGCGACUGUGCCACAAAGGAACUACGUCAUACGACUUACUACACAACGGAAGAGUGCUACCUGGACUGUCUUAUCAAUUAUGCACAAAUAAAGUGUCGCUGCAGGGAUACUUACUGGCCUUAUUUUAAUGAUUCACCGCCUGUGUGUACCUUAGGUCAACAAGUUUCCUGUCUGGAGGGAUUUUAUGAUGAGUUCGACAGAUCUAUUCGAGAAAAGUGUGGAUGCCCAAUUCCUUGUCACUUUUCGAUUUAUGAUCCUUCCGUUUCAUAUUCAUCGAUAUCAAAUCAUCUUGUUAGUAAGCUUUUGUCAUCAAAUGAAACAAAACAACUAAAAGAAAAUUUACUACAUUCAUAUGAAACAACAGCGAAAAUGGAUCAUGAGAAGUUUUCACAUUUUCAAGACCUUGUGAACACGUUCGGAGCAAAUAUGAAAGUAAUUGAAGCUGUCAUUAAGAAAAUAGGAAGUUUUCUUCAAAUGCAGGAAAACAAAACAACUCAAAUGUUCAUGGAAAUGCAAGAUAUAUACCUAACAAAGGAGAAAAUAUAUAGAUACCAAGAAUAUGCAAUUGAAAAGAACUUCCUUCGAGGAAGAGAGGCAAUGGAAGAACGAACACUUGCAAAUGUGGCAAAUGCAUAUGCUGAAUUUGCAAUGGUGAACGCAAGACGUAUUCGGCGUCUCGCCAAUAGCACAGCUGAUGACGAGAUCAGAAAAGACUUGUAUGAGUCUAUAAUGGAUUCCUUAAAGGUGCGUCAGGAAAUCGCACAAUUGGCAAAAGAUAACAUAUCAUUGUUGAUCAAGUCGUACAUUGAUGGUACACCAAUUUUUAACUACAAAUUUGAGAACGUAUCGAGAGAUCACAAUCCAUACAUUGUGCCAAAACCAUUGAUGAAUGAGAGCAUGCAUCAUAACUCUUACACGGAAAAAUACGUUCCAAAGUUAGAGAAGAGCGAUAUGCAGUUGAUGUUUAAUGUGCUUGAAAUGUUCAUGAACCAAACAAAGCUGGCUUAUGAAGAACGUAGUAUCAAUGAAACUGAAUUAAACUACGUAUUUGAGCGUUUUCAGUUUGCUUGCCGUACUUACUUAUACAGUAAAAGCGUUGUGUAUACUAACGGUAUAGACCGUCCCUUGGCAAUUAUUAAAGAUCGACACGAUCAGUUUGACAGAUUGUGGGUAACGUUUAACAGUGAAAUUAAGGAACUGAAUCAGAAUAUCAAAUCUUUAACAGAGCUAAUCACUGGAAUCAACUCUGCAAUACUUCCUACAUUUAAAUCUCUCCAAAGCAAGCUAUAUAACUAUACUGAAAACGGAUCUUUAGGUCUAAUGGACCUUGCUACCUUAUUUACUUCGAAUCAUACAGAUGGAUUCACAACAAAUGUCAGUAUCUUCUUUCAAGAAGUGCAAACCCGCGGACAAUCUAUUUCAGAUCUCCUUAGUUUGAUUGAAAAUCCAAUUGACGCAAUAUGGACCCAAAUAAUAAAUGAUGAAGAUUCUUGGGAUUAUUACAAUUACACAAAUAACCAUUUGUUUCUAAGAAACCUUUCCGAAGUGAUCAUCGAAUGGAAUUCCAAACUUGAAGACAUUAAGACAUUUGAUAUACGACGUCAUGUAGAGCAUAGUGCCGAAGACUUUUACUCGUCCUUUGAAAAUGUUGUUUCACAUUUAAAGAGGUUUGAAAGUUCAAUAGUUGUCGACAGCACAUUUAUGAAAGAAAACUUUCUACAAAUCGACAUAUUCUACCGACAAUUAAGCUAUGAAUAUAUAAACCAACAAAAGGCGUACGACUUCUUUGCCCUUAUAAGUGACGUUGGGGGAGCUAUGGGCCUGUUCAUCGGUGCAAGCCUGUUGACCAUCCUCGAAAUAAUCGACCUGUUCCUCAUCCAGCUUCCAAUAUUCAAACAUAAAAAGGAAAUCAAACAGAAUUCGAUCAUGCAUUGAUAUAUGAAAUAGAAAAUCCCCGGUGAUAUUCUUUGAAUGAAUAAUUAUGGAAGCAUAUCAAUCACUAGUAAUAGUAUUAAUUUUGCUUCAUUGAUAAGCUGUCCAAUCCCGUCUCUAUAUAAAACUUUGUUUAUACCAAUGUAUUAUAGCUCGAUUUUAAAAACAGCUGAAACUGAUAUGUAUCAUUCCCGUGUCCAUUUCCUGGCCAGAAACCAGAAAUGUGUCUAUUCUGAGAGGCAAUGAGAAAGGACCCAUGGUAGAGUUUGAACCCUAGACAUCAUGUGUGAAGCGGACACCUUUACCACUUAAUCAAUCUCCACCGGAAUGAAAUGAAACGACGGGUAUAAUAUAAAAAAAAA